AAUUUAAGUGCACGGACCGUAGAUAUUUCACAUGCUGACAAAAUAAAUACAAACCGAUGCCUUAAUGCUAAAUACACAAAUCAAAACACAUUGCAUAGGUCUCCAAAACCAAAAACCUUCCUUCCUUCAAUACCACUCCUAUAUAAAUAUAACAUACGAAAAGAUAUGCUUCCAUUUAUAUUCACCAAAUAUAUAAUACCUAGCUAAUUAGCCAUGGCUAACUGCAAGAAUGACACCCAAAUCCCAGUCCGAUCAUCGUACAUCGACAUCCACAAAUGGCCGAAGUCCGACAGCUUUCGACGGCCGGACGUGCAUGGGAAUAUGGCGCAAGCAAAGGUUGUGGACAGUAGAUCAUGCAGGCAAAUGUACUUAAGAAGCUAUACAUUUUCAAGAAAAGAAAGUGUUCAAGAAAAGACCAAGAAACGUUUCGAUGAAGUUAGAGAAAGAAUCAAGAAUAUAAGAUCAAGAAAAAGAUCAUCAUCAUCAAAUGGAACAUUUUAAUGAGGAGUUCACUGGUGCGUCCCAACAGGCAGAAGGAGUUCAGCUUCUACACCGGUGGACCAGAACCAAUUAUUUCUCGCUCUCGAAGGGGUGAAAAAGUAGAGAAUCUACGGGAUCGGUGCAGCUUCCUCAUCCUACUUCGCAUCCACCACCCAGAUUAGCCGUAAGGGUGGUAGCUCGACGUCAAAACGAGAGAUGGAGGAGGGGGUCCGUGUUGAGGUGCAUACAAAAAUGGAGGCCACCAUGCAGCAAGUGAUAGGUGAUAAAGAACAUGAAGUAGAAGAUUGAGUUCGUGCUCAGAUUCGUAUGGUCCUAGAGAACAUGGACAAGCGGAUUUCAGAGCUAGUGAAGCUCCUUCCUGGUGGCCGCCAGCGUUCGCCCACACCACCAGCAAACGAUGAGGACACUACUGAUUUUUAAAGUGGUCUCUGUAAUAUUCAAAAUAUUUUGUUUGUUUUUAUUUGACAUGUUGUUUAUGAAUAUAACAGCAUAAAAGUAUAAAAAAAAAUUUAUUGCGUCAA